AUGGCAGGCAUGAACCCUCUCCCAACACACCACAUCCACAGCACAAAACGGCUCACCCACCGCGAAGCGCAUACCUUCCUCUCCAGCUUCCUUGACCGCGCCGAGAUCGACGCCGCAUACCGUCCAGACUCGACACUGACCGAAACCGGACCUAAAGCCGUAUCUACGGGAUCCAAUCCCAACCUGACGCUACAUCAUCUACGGCGUAUCCUCACAGGUAUCGAGGGGAAGAAAGUCGGAGGAGACCUGGCGCAGAGUCUGGGCUACGGCGAUGGUGAAGAUGCCGGAGGAGACGCGAAUCGGAAGCCCCGAUCAAAACGACCGUUUGACUCACAGGAGGAAACCCCAAGAAAAUCCAAACGCAGUGUCUACGAAGUUGUAGACAGCCGUGCUGGGCCGGCCGAUGACAAUGACGCCCCAGCUAUUGGUGCCAUGGUAGAAGAUGACGACUGGCAAGACAAAGACACGUAUGCGCUGGCUCAGGAAGAGGGCGCACUCGAUAUGAUGGACGAUGAUCGACACCCUGGUGCGCACCUCGACCAGCCUGACAAGCCUGAGGAAGAGGAGGAUCUGGUGAAUCUGACGAUUGAAGAGACCGGAGAAAAGAAGGACAAAGAGGCCAGGAAACAGGAGAAGAAGAUGCGCAAUCAAGAGAGGAAAAAGAAGGAAAACGAAGAGAAAAGGAAAAAGGCAAGCAAAGAUUGA